AUGACCAUUCAUAGACCACCAAAUCAAUCUUCCGAGGUUGAUGAGGGCAUGUUUUUUUUCAUGAAUGGACCGGUCCAAAACAAAAAGGCUCUGAUAGCUGGAGAUUUUGACAUACCAGUGGUCGACUGGGAUGAGCUAUCAGUAAAUGGAUCGCGCGAUUCCUUUAGCUCCAGUCUAUUAAAGCUAACGGUGAAUCUGCAUCUCUUCCAAAAUUUUGCAUUACCAACACGAAUCGAAGAGGCACAAACAGCGAACUGUGUAGACCUCGUGCUUUCGAUGAAUCCAAUUGAUGCAAAUGAACUCAGGUCAAUCGCACCGCUUGGCAAGAGCGAGCAUGCGAUUCUUCUGUGGGAAUACGAAGUAAACAGCAAGCAAACCAAGAAUACGGAAGUUCGGCUAAAUUAUUGGCACGGAAAAUUCCCCGCGAUGGAGGAUUCUCAGGAAGGAUAUGAAGGACGUUAUGCAUCGCGACCCUCCGCCGAAAAAAGUACAACAGCGAGCCGACACACUUGGUAA